GCUAGAAUGAGUCCAACAAUAAUAGCCAUCCUUCUGGUCUUUCUCACCUUCCUCUGCUCUCUCUUCCACACCAUAAUCACUGCCUCCUCCUCAAGGCCAAAACUACCUCCUGGGCCUCGGGCACUGCCAAUCAUUGGCAAUCUUCACAUGCUAGGCAACCUCCCACACCGCAGCCUCCAACACUUGGCCAAAAAAUAUGGCCCCAUCAUGUCCAUGCGCCUAGGCAACAUACCCGCCAUAGUGGUCUCCUCCCCCACAGCUGCAGAGCUUUUCUUGAAAACCCAUGACACCAUUUUUGCCAGCCGCCCCAAAGUCCAAGCCUCCGAGUACAUGUCCUACGGCACAAAGGGCAUGGCCUUCACUGAAUAUGGUCCAUACUGGCGGCAUAUUAGGAAGCUCUGCACUCUGCAGCUUCUUUGUCCAUCAAAGAUUGAGGGUUCUGCUCCACUGAGAAGGGAGGAGGUGGGGUUGUUUAUUCAGUCGCUGAAGAAAGCCGCGGCAGCGGGUGAAGUGGUGGAUCUUAGUGAGAAGGUUGGUGGGCUUGUUGAGGACAUAACAUAUAGGAUGGUUUUGGGGAGUAAAAAUGAUGAUAUGUUUGAUCUCAAGGGGACCAUUCAGGAAGCUCUGUUCUUGUCAGGGGCAUUCAAUAUUGGUGAUUACGUGCCUUUCCUCAGUCCACUUGAUCUUCAGGGAUUAGCCAAGCGCAUGAAGAGAAUUAGCAAGACAAUUGACCAACUUUUCGAAAAGAUAAUUGGGGAACAUGAACAAGUUUCUAAGAGUGGGCAAGUACAAGGCCAUAGUCACAAGGACUUUGUGGACGUGCUGCUUUCAUUGAUACACCAACCAUUAAAUCCCAACGAUGAGAAGGUCUACAUGAUGGAACGAACAAAUGUGAAGGCCAUCUUACUGGACAUGAUUUCGGGUGCCUUCGAUACUUCAGCUACCACCAUAGUUUGGACCCUUGCGGAGCUCUUGAGGCAUCCCAGGGUAAUGAAGCAUCUCCAGGAAGAGCUCCAGAGUGUGAUUGGAAUGGACCGAAUGGUGGAAGAGAGUGACUUACCGAAGUUGUGUUACUUGAGCAUGGUGGUCAAGGAGAGCUUGAGGCUGCACCCAGUUGCACCAUUGCUAAUCCCACAUGAAUCCAUGGAGGACAUUACAGUGGAAGGAUUCGACAUACCCAAGAAAUCGAGAAUCUUUAUAAACACUUGGGCCAUUGGGAGAGAUCCUAAAGUAUGGUCAGAAAAUGUAGAAGAAUUUUACACUGAAAGGUUCAUUGAUGGCAAUAUUGAUCUUCGAGGGCAUGACUUCCAGCUUCUACCAUUUGGGUCUGGUCGAAGAGGGUGUCCUGCUAUGCAACUAGGCCUAACCACAGUUUGUCUGGCUCUAGCAAACUUGGUCCAUUGCUUUAACUGGGAGCUCCCAAGUGGCCUGAAACCUAAAGAUUUGGACAUGACUGAGAAAUUCGGAUUAUCGCUGUCAAAAGCCAAACACUUGUUUGCGAUGCCCACCUACCGCCUAUGCAAUCAACUUUUAUAGUUCGGAUCAGACUUCAAAGACAUUCAUCUAUUUGUAAUUGAUAUGCUUAAUUAUAUUUCCUUAAAACUCUUACUUAGGAGGAGUGGAUUAACGAAAUGUAUCAAGAGCAUGAUAUAUACAUAUA